AUGGCCGCACCAACGAUGAGAUCCACGUCAAUAUUGACGGAGCAUUUGGGAUACCCACCUAUUUCGCUCGUUGAUGAUAUCAUCAAUGCUGUAAAUGAGAUUAUGUACAAAUGCACAGCUGCCAUGGAAAAAUACUUAUUGUCCAAGAGCAAGAUUGGUGAAGAGGACUAUGGGGAGGAGAUCAAAAGUGGAGUUGCCAAGUUGGAGUCGCUUUUAGAAAAUUCCGUAGAUAAGAAUUUCGAUAAAUUGGAGCUUUAUGUCUUGAGGAACGUUCUCCGAAUUCCUGAAGAGUAUUUGGACGCCAAUGUCUUUAGGUUAGAGAGUCAGAAGGAUUUGGUUAUUGUAAAUGAUACGGAGAUAAAACGAAGCGAGGAAGAGCUUCGAGGGAAGGUGAAUGACGUUGAGCUGGCAUUCAAAAGGAACGAAAUGCUAUCUAAGAGAGUUGCAAAAGUGAAAAGGCUACUAGUCAUUAUCAGAGGUUUCAAACAGAAACUAUGCGAGUUACUGAAGUGCAAGGAUGACGAGCAAUUGCAAAAGAUCUUAGAAUCAUUAAAACCUAUAGAUGACACAAUCACGUUACUGAGUAAUUCAUUACGCAAACUAUACGUCGACAGUGAAAGUACUAGUUCGACGGAGGAAGUGGAGGCACUAUUUCAGAAAUUGAAAUCCAAUGGCAAACGAAACAAGGACUUCAGAACUCGAUAUAUCGAUUUAAGAACCAAUAACGUCCUACGAAAAUUGGGGCUGCUGGGUGAUGGCGAGAAAGAAAACCAGCCCACUGAAUCAGGUAAGAAGGAGCAAGAGGAGGAAAUAGCCAGACUAGAUAUCGAGGAGCCUCAAUUGGAUCUACUUGAUAAUGUGUUGUAG